ACCUUUGCCAUCGACUCGCUUUCCCUGCUUACCUAUAGCUUUUUUUCGAUUCUCUAUUUUUCGAUUUUGAAUUGUAUCGCCGCCCGAAAUCGACAAACGCUCGUCGAACACGAACGCCUCACAGUUUGGUUUGAUAAAUGAGUGCAAUAGUAACGGCUUGUCACACCUGUCAGACGGCCAGAACGCAAUUAGAACAAAGUGUUGAAUACUCACUGAAAAGAUAAAGAAGCAGAAAAUAUUUUUGUUAUUACAACAAAUUAAUUAGUAAUCGUUUCUUAAGUGUGUUUAUUAUUAGUGAAUACUUAUUCAAGUCAAAUAAAUAUGGAUGACAAGUCAUCAGCACCGUCGCGCAUCUACCCAACAGCCCCACUAGAGCAAGCGGUGCCGCCCAACGAGCAGCAGCAGACUUUAUUGCCACCCGCGCCGCCCAGCUACGCGCAAGCAACAGGUGCCGCACCCACGACCGCGAACCCAUCGCAUGUUGUUGUAAUUACGCCGGGUGCGCCGAUUAUAUACGGACCAGUGCCGGUGGAUAUACAGUGUCCCUAUUGCCACAAUUAUACACGCACACGUCUGCGCUUCAGGCCCACAUCACGCACGCAUCUGAUCGCAUUGCUGCUGUGUCUCUUUCAACUUUAUUGCUUCAUUUGUCUACCCUAUUGCAUUGGCAGUUGCAUGAACACGGCGCACUAUUGUGGCAUGUGUGACCGUUACUUAGGCACUUAUGUGCGGGAAUAACCAUUAGGACAUAGAAAAUGAAGUCUACGAUGGACAUGCAACAAUUUCAAUAUUUUUAAAACACACUUUUUAAAUUCAUUACACAACAUUUUACAGUUACAAAAACAAAAAUAAAAUGAAAUUAUUUAUGAACGUUUUCACACAUACUAAUUCGUAAAGAAUAAACAUAUUUGAAGCUAUAUAGUAAAGAUAUAAAUCUCGAUAUAUUCAUUUUUAUUGAUUUUAAAAAGGUUUUGUAACG